AUGGCUCCGCCGCCCCUCUCCUCUCCCUCCCCCUCCGGAUCGACCGAGCGACUAGCGGAGGAGCUGGCGCCCACUGUUGACCAGCUCAAGACCCUCACAAAUGAAAAGCCCCUCACGCUCUCGCAGGCACUAACGGCCACUGAACCUCUACUACGUCUCCGCCAUACCUUUAUCGAUGAUGCACACCCACGGGCAGCCAAGGAUGCAUUCCGCCAGCUUGCGGGGUUCCAGACCCUGCUGGAGCUUACCGGUCAGCUCGCCGAGCUCUAUGAUAGCACCACGUUGUCCAAAGAAGACCGGAAAAACGUAAUCGGGAUUUACAAGGAUGUUGUGGGAACACUGGCGGAGGGAUUGAAGGAUCAUUUUGGCAAUAAGCGCUACUUUGCCCGGAGGAUCACAAGCGGCGGGACUACAGUGCUGGAGCGGACAUUGACGGUCUUGGUGAAAAAGAUUGACCAGGUCGAAAGCGACGCCCAGCAGCUAUACGGUGCCAUCCUGGCUGCAGCUCUGUGCCAAGAAACCGUUGCGGGAAUAUUCGUCGCAUUGAGUGCGAAAUUCCCGCAGAGUACCAACUCCGCUUCACCUAAAGAUGUCCGCGAUGCCGUCGACAAGUACAUGGGAUCCGCAGAAACGGUUGAAGUGCCGGAGCUUCUGGGACCGUUGAUCCGCGUCUGGGUGACACACUCUGCUUCGCCGGGAAAUGAAAUUCUCCGUCUAUCCCUUCCGGCUUGCCUGAGCCAAUUGGCUACGCAAUCUCGAAGAAACGUCGUGGCUUUGCAUGCCACCGGGAUGCUCACAUCCAUUCUACCUCUCUUGUUCGAUGCCGGCCGGUCCGACACCGAAAGAGAGCUCUAUCAGGAUCUCGCACGGUAUCUCAGUGUCCAGGGCAUGAACAGCCUUGAAGAUGCCGUGGUUCUGUACCGUCGUGCUCACGAAAAUCCUGGCGUGCUCAAGUUCCUUUUAUCUGCUCUAAAGUAUUCGAAAGAACCCCCGUCAAUACAGUUUGACCUCUCCUUACAUGGCUUUUGUUCUGUUGAGUUUGCUACCCUGGGUCGUCCGUUCCCACCUACUGCAUCCGCUGGGUAUACACUGGCCGCGUGGGUGCGCUUUGAUGACUUCGAUCUGAACACACACACUACCAUAUUCGGUGCCUUCGACGCGAGUCAAACCUGUUUCGUUCUGGCCUACGUGGAAAAAGACACUCGCAAGUUCAUUCUGCAAACAUCAAUCCGAGGCCCACGCCCGAGUGUACGCUUCAAGUCGACGACUUUCGAGGCCGACCGCUGGUAUCAUAUCUGCCUUGUUCAUAGAAAGCCGAGGCCUGCAUCAUCUUCUCGGGCCUCACUCUUCAUCGAUGGCGAAUUUGUGGAGCAGCUCAAGAUCGAAUACCCUUCCGUCCCAAUUAGCAACCAUCCUCAUCGGUCACCCCGGAUUCAGGCAUUCUUUGGAACCCCACAAGACCUGGCGAUGCGCCUUGGAAAGGACGUUUCCACAUCGCGAUGGUCCCUAGCAAACGGCAUGCUCUUUGAUGAAGCCUACAGCGACGAUCUAGUAGCCGUCUUCUACAAUCUAGGUCCGAGGUAUUUUGGAAAUUUCCAGGAUUGUCUGGGAUCCUUUCAAACAUACAAAGCCUCUGCCACUCUCAACUUGCGGAAUGAACAUCUGCAUCCCGGGAAAGAGGAGGAUUCGGACAUCGUCACUGCCAUUCGACGCCGAGCGAGCACGCUGAUCCGCGAGGGCUCCAUUUUGAUCAAUCUGUCUCCCGUUGCCGUCCUCGACGACGACGACAACAACAAUGUCGACGAGUCACAACUGAUCAAGUGCCUGUCGAGACAAGCAGCAAAGAGCCUGCAACAGCUGACAAAAGCUGGAAGCAAUGCUGUCGCAGUGAAUGGAGGCACCCCGGCCAUCAAUGACGGGUUGACCCAACCGCAAGGAGUGGGUGUCUUGACCGGAGAACCCGUUGUUGCGGUCCCGUGGUCUCUGGAUGACGCCAGUUGGUGUCUGGGUGGAUGUGCCGCCGUCCAUCUCAGUCUCGUCCAGGCCGCCAAUUCCGCGGAGACUCUUCACUUGGCCGUGGAGGCACUCUACGAAGCUGUUCAAGAUAACUGGAGGAAUAGUGAAGCCAUGGAACGAGACAAUGGCUACGGUAUCUUGGCAUCGCUUCUACGUGAGAAGCUCGGAUUCCAGAUUGGCAAUGCCCCAACCGCGGGUAGAUCCACGGCUGUUAGCACCAAGGACGAUGAGCUCAACACGUUGAUGCUUGAGCUUCUACGGUUGACCCUCGCAUUUGUGGGAUACGACUUCAAGCAUCCGAACCAUUCUAUCAUCUCAAACCCGCUGGCCUACCGGGUUUUGCUUGUCGAUAUGGACGUCUGGCGUUAUGGCGAACCGCAGGUGCUAGACUUGUACUAUUCGCAAUUCCGUACUUUUGUGUCCGACAGUAACUACCGCCGGUUCAACGCCAGACGCUUUGGUCGCAUGCGCGUCAACAAAAAGUUGCUCGAAACCCUGAAAGGAGACGAAUUGACCAAAGAUACUCUCAUGCCAUGUAUUUCCUCCUUCCGGGCUCUAUUGGAGAGUAACCUUUCGCCCGAUCUCCUCCGCUCUUUAGCUUUGUCUAUAACGUACAACCUCCACCGGCCGAAACCGCCCUCUGCUCUUCAAAAGAAGAAGAGCAUUCGUUUCGCCCCAAGCUCGACUCGACCCCCCUCCUCCAAGUCAGACUCGGGGAAGCACGUAUCCAGCAUCACAUUAGGCAUAGAGAUGUUGCGGCUUUAUUCUUCGAUCCUUUGUAACUCCUUGGACCCGACACCACUGAGAAAGUUUGCGAAGGCCGUCACAAACAAGUGGCUUCUAUAUCUUUCUUGCGAAGACGAGGCUGAGGUUGUUGUGCAUGCAGUCAAGAUUCUGGCUAGACUUCUUGUUGUUCACGGAAGUGGCUACAGUAAGAAGUUCUCCGACAAGAAUGGGGGAUACACAGUGCUCGAAUACCACCUGAAGAGAUGGUGGAACAUUCCUGCUUUGUGGCCGAUCUGCUUUUCCAUUCUCUUUGGACAGGAUAUUGCCCUUAUGGACCUUGAUCAGCCAUUUGAUGCUCCAAAACUGAUCAAUAUUUUCCUGGCCGGUGGGGAUCUGCGAAUCGCUUUUCCCGAAAUGCUUCCUGUGAUCUUGGGUAUGCUCAAAAGCGGACUCAGGAGCUCUGUCUUGGCUAGUGACACAAGCGAACAAGACCACUUGAAACCUGACACCCUUUCAACAAAGCCUCAGAUGUCAUUGCACAGCUUGAAUGAUAUUGCUGCAGCCGACCGGCCAGCGCAUAGGGUUUCCCUUGUCUCUUCCGUCGUUGACUUCCUGAAAGGACUGUCCUCCCGAUCACGAAACUUCCAGGAUUUUACAACCCAUUCUAGCUAUGUCCAGGAGCUGCUCGCGAUCCUCUAUCCCACCGUCGUUGGCGUGGAUUCAAUCAGCCCAAAUACUGAAAUGAACUCCCGAUACAGCGGGUUGAGCUUCGACGAUAGCAAUCUAGUCCUGCGACCCCGCUCUAGUCGUGGAAAUAUCUCGACGGCGCUGCAAGCGAGUAUGGUCGAUUCGUCCGAGAGCCCCGAAGAAAGCACCGAAUCUUUGCAACGUCGGUCCUCUUUCAUCUUCGUUUCCUCCGACAAGGUCAAGCAUCAACCCUCACCAGCGCGAAUUCGCCGUGUCGUCAACCUCGCUUUCUCGGGAGAAGGUGCAACUACCGGCCAUCCGCUUGUCAAGGCUAUUGCUGCCCUCGCGCUUGAUGUUUUCGAGGAUCAACUGCUGGAGCGAAAAGACUUUUCCGGCUUGGGGCUGUAUCAGAAGACCCCACCCGGGUUCCUUGAGCACCAGGCAUACUUCAAUUCGUGGAUCUUCGAUUCUCUCAUGUCCAGGUUGAAGGAAGUACCCGCAUCCCAACCUCAGCUUCUCCAUGAGCCACGUACUUUGACCAACCUCGCGCGCUUUGCCACACACCUGACAGAGGCGGUCUACGAAGGGUGGUUUAUCAAUGGCGAGGUCACGAGCCUUGAGUACCUUGGCGUGAUCCUAGAAUAUCUUCAACGCCCCGACAUUGCCCAUCUGAAGAGCAUUCGUCUAUGUACCCAGGCCGUGUCCACUCUGCAUUCGAUGCUGUACAAGAUUGUCUUGUUCCAGCUGUCCGAAGCAGAUGACAUUGAAACUCUGCCCGUUCUCAAGCGCCUAAACUAUUGGCAGGUCGUGCUUCUCGCUGCCGCGGAGACACAGUCCAAACACCUCCAGCUUCUCUGCUAUCUUCUGUACACUAGGCUCAUCAGCACCGAGACUGAUAUUCGCUUGGCCGCUGCUAGCCUCUGGCGAAUCAUUUUGGUACAGAAGCCCGCUGAAGUGGCCAACCUCCUAAGUCACGGGCCGGCUAGCCUCCAGCGCCGACUCUCCGAGGGUUUCGAGGCUCUUGCAGGAUUGGAUGAUGAUUCAUUCUUGCAGUGGAUUGAUGACCAGCGAGAUGACCUCGAUGCGCUAUUCUUCGGCAUCCUGUCUCGCCAGUGGGAGACCUUUGUUCAAGAGGAAAAUGCAAAGAGCGAGGACUCUGCUAAAAAUAGAAUCACCAAGCGCAAGGACAGGCUGAAGCAAUGGGCUCAGCUGCAGAAGUAUGACGAGGAUGUCAUUCGCAAACAUGAUGCCACUCUGCCACAUUGGAUUUCCAAUAUCUCAGCAUCGGAGUUCUUGAAGUCACAGAGAUUCCUUCAGGAUCUCCAAGAUAACUCUGUCUUCAUGUGGUCCGCGUUCUCAAAUCUCCUGGUAGAUCUGCAACGACCCGGUGGUCUCCUCGUUGAGGAGAAGGAUCGCAAGUUCAGACUCGAUCAGACUGAAGGUCGCAGCCGGAUGCGUUUGCGAUUUGUUCCCGACGAUUCUGGAGAGCGACAGGAUUAUCAGCCCAAGCGAAAGGCAUCUGAGCCACCUGCACCGAAGCUCGAUACCCGAGUACGUGCACUCUCGGCAGGGGAGGUGGCCUCGACUCCUACGGCGAUGACCGCUGAGCCCGAUGCUGUGGAGCCGAGACAGCAAGACGGCGAUGCGGACAACUCAGACGAUCGGAGUGGGUUCGAGGAAGAAAACUUCGAGAUGAUCCAUGACCCAAAAUUGGAGAUCGAAGAUUAUGAAGAUAAGAACCGUAGAGUCAUGCGUUCUCUUCAUCGGGGAGAUCAGGUUCAGAAUGUUUGCAACAUGUCACGAAUCAUUGGUCUGGAAGCUGUAGAGGGUCUUUUGAUUCUCGGAAAGGAUUGCAUUUACAUCCUUGACAAUUUCUUCCAGAGGGCCGAUGGGGAGAUUGUGAACGUGUGGCAAGCCCCUCCUGACGAACGUGACCCGUACGUGCGAAUGAUCGCUGGGCGUGAGUCGAAUGACCGUCGUUCUCAGGAACAUGAAACUAGAAGCUGGAAGUGGUCCGAUCUCGUCAGUGUUUCCAAGCGUCGAUUCCUAUUCCGUGACGUCGCCCUGGAAAUCUUCUUUACAGAUGGCACCAGCUAUCUGCUGACCUUCUUCUCGGCACCUGUGCGAGACAACUUGUGCAAUCAGCUCGGGAACAAGGCUCCUCAAGUCACGGGAAGCGCAGGACACUCGCGACCAGAAGACAUCUGGAGAUUUGAGACCCUUCGCAGCCAGGAGGAUGCACCGCAAUCUCUUGGUUCUAAAUUUGCCAGCGUCUUUGGACACUUGCCUGCAAACCCGGCCACGCGGAAAUGGGUCCGAGGCGAGAUUUCGAACUUCCAUUAUCUGAUGUUGAUCAAUACGCUCGCUGGGCGAACUUUCAACGACUUGACCCAGUACCCUGUUUUCCCAUGGGUUUUGGCAGACUACACCAGCGAAGAGCUCGACUUGACGAAUCCCAAGACAUUCCGUGAUCUAUCCAAGCCUAUGGGCUGUCAGACUCCAGACCGAGAGACAGGAUUCCGAGAACGGUACAAUGCCUUUGCUGAGAUGGGCGACGACAAAGCUCCGCCAUUCCAUUAUGGCACCCAUUAUUCCUCUGCCAUGAUUGUCAGUUCGUACCUCAUUCGCCUGCAGCCCUUUGUCAAGUCCUAUCUCCUCUUGCAAGGCGGUACGUUCGACCACGCCGAUCGACUGUUCUAUUCCAUUCGUAAGACAUGGGAAUCUGCAUCGCGGGGCAAUAUGACCGAUGUUCGGGAGUUGAUUCCUGAGUUCUUCUAUCUGCCCGAGUUCCUCGUCAACUCCAACAAGUACGACUUUGGACUGUUGCAGGACAUGACUACGGCAAUUGACUCGGUCGAGCUUCCCCCGUGGGCCAAGGGUGAUCCUAAGAUCUUCAUCGAAAAGCAUCGGGAGGCUCUUGAGAGUCCUUACGUCUCUGAGAAUCUCCAUCAUUGGAUCGAUCUUGUCUUCGGUAGUAAGCAAAAGGGCGAGGCUGCUGUUGAAGCUGUCAAUGUAUUCCAUCAUCUUUCUUACAAGGGUGCCAAGGAUCUGGACGCCAUUGAUGACCCGAUGGAGCGGUUGGCGACUAUUGGCAUCAUUCACAAUUUCGGACAGACACCCGGGCAGAUCUUCCAACGUACUCAUCCUCAGCGAGAGGAUCAGCGGUACCGUGUGCCCCGGCUGGAUACCCUGGCCGAGUCGUUGACUCAGAUGCCGCUGUCUCUUCUUGAUAUCGAGGAACGUGUCGCAACCCUGUCGAUGAAACAGGAUCGAUUGCUAUGCACUGCUGCACUCCGACUCAAUGUUCCACCGGCCUAUGAUCACUACAUGGAAUGGGGAUUCUUCGAUGGAAGUGUGCGCUUCUAUUCGACGGACAGUCGCAAGCUCCUGGGUCAUUUCGAGCAUCUCCAUGUCGGUCAGCUCUCCCAUGCCAGUUUUGCAGACUCGCGCACUCUCAUCACCUGCGGCACGGACUGCACGAUAUCCUUAUGGACUGUCACCGCGACCUCGAGAUCGGUUGACUUACAACCUAUCGGGUCUCUCUUUGGCCACCGUGCUCCUGUGACUGUGCUUGCGGUUUCUCGUUCAUUUAGUGCCUUGCUAUCUGCAUCUACGGACGGGCAUAUCAUGCUGUGGGAUCUGAAUCGCCGAGGCUUUGUGCGGACGCUGCCAGCCGAGGGAGUUGUCGAUUGCGCCCGGAUCAACGAUGUCACUGGCGACAUCAUUGCCUGUCGCGGCAACCGAAUCACAAUGUACACCCUCAACGGCGAGGUCCUUGUCGAUCAACCCGUUUGCGACUCACCCGACGACCACGUGCUAUCGUGUGUUUUCUACGAAGGGGUGCAUAACGAAUGGCUCGAGCGCGAGCUUGUGUUGACUGGUCACAGCCGCGGAGUUGUGAACAUCUGGAGCAAGGUAAUCCGAAAUGGCGGAUUUGAGCUGGAGCUCAUCCGCCAGCUCCAUCACACGGACAACAGUCGCGACAACGGGGCGAACAUCCAGUCUGGGAUCAGUUGUAUCCUUGCUCUGCCGCAGGUGGUCUAUACCGGAGACGAGGCCGGUCGAGUGUAUGAGUGGAACUGCGUCCAACGGCGCUGA